GGUUGAGCCAAGAGGCGGAAGUUCCCGCGGGUUGUGAGGACGGCGCACGCACUACGAAUCACUUGUCAGCGCUCCUCUGAAGUGGAGGCAUCGAGUCGCUGGACCAGAGUUUCACUUUCUGGGAUUGGACUUUGAGCCAUUAGAACCAUGAGCAACUACAGCGUGUCGUUGGUUGGCCCAGCUCCUUGGGGUUUCCGGCUGCAAGGUGGCAAGGAUUUCAACAUGCCUCUGACAAUCUCUAGUCUAAAAGAUGGUGGCAAAGCAUCCCAGGCAAACGUGAGAAUAGGCGAUGUGCUUCUCAGCAUUGAUGGAAUAAGUGCUCAUGGAAUGACUCAUCUUGAAGCUCAGAACAAGAUUAAAGGCUGUACAGGCUCCUUGAAUAUGACUCUGCAAAGAGCAUCUGCUACAUCCAAGCCUGAACCAGUUGCUGUUCAAAAGGGAGAACCUAAAGAAGUAGUUAAACCUGUGCCCAUUACAUCUCCUGCUGUGUCCAAAGUCACUUCCACAACCAACAUGGCCUACAAUAAGGCACCACGGCCUUUUGGUUCUGUGUCCUCACCAAAAGUCACAUCCAUCCCAUCACCAUCGUCUGCCUUCACCCCAGCCCAUGCAACCACUUCAUCACAUGCUUCCCCUCCACCUGUGGCUGCUGUCACUCCUCCCCCAUUCGCUGCAUCUGGACUGCAUGCUAAUGCCAAUCUUAGUGCUGACCAGCGUUCACCUGCACUGAGCGCUGGUAAACCUGCAGUUAAUGUCCCACGUCAGCCCACAGUCACCAGCGUGUGUUCCGAGACUGCUCAGGAGCUAGCAGAGGGACAGAGAAGAGGAUCCCAGGGUGACAGUAAACAGCAAAAUGGUAACCCUGGCCCCGUGAAAACCCCACCUAAACGCCCACCAAGAAAACACAUUGUGGAGCGUAAUACAGAGUUUUAUCACAUACCUACUCACAGUGAUGCCAGCAAGAAGAGACUGAUUGAGGAUACUGAAGACUGGCAUCCGAGGACUGGCACCACUCAGUCUCGCUCUUUCCGGAUCCUGGCCCAGAUCACUGGGACUGAGCAUUUGAAGGAAUCCGAAACUGAUAAUACAAAGAAGGCUAACAAUACCCAGGAGCCUUCUCAGCCAUUUGCUUCAUCAGUAGCUUCAGCACAGCGUGUGCCUGAGAGGCCGGAAAGCCCAGCAUUCUCCAGACCAGGGGUGGCCAGUCUCACAACUGCCACUGCCUUCAAGCCUGUGGGCUCCACCAGCAGUGUCAGGUCACCAAGCUGGCAGCGGCCAAACCAAGCAGCACCUUCCACUGGAAGAAUCUCAGGCGCAGCACCACCAGCCAACUCAGCUGUGGGGCAACCCCAGCCAAGCGACCAGGACACUUUAGUGCAAAGAGCUGAGCACAUUCCAGCAGGGAAGCGCACUCCAAUGUGCGCCCACUGUAACCAGGUUAUCAGGGGACCAUUCCUAGUGGCACUGGGAAAAUCUUGGCAUCCAGAAGAAUUUAACUGCGCUCACUGCAAAAAUACAAUGGCCUACAUUGGAUUUGUGGAGGAAAAGGGAGCCCUGUAUUGUGAGCUCUGCUAUGAGAAGUUCUUUGCUCCUGAAUGUGGUCGAUGCCAAAAGAAGAUCCUUGGAGAAGUCAUCAAUGCUUUGAAACAAACUUGGCAUGUUUCCUGUUUUUUGUGUGUGGCCUGUGGAAAACCCAUUCGUAAUAAUGUUUUUCACUUGGAGGAUGGUGAACCUUACUGUGAGACUGAUUACUAUGCACUCUUCGGUACUAUCUGCCGUGGGUGUGAAUUUCCCAUAGAAGCUGGCGACAUGUUCCUGGAAGCGCUGGGCUAUACCUGGCACGACACUUGCUUUGUGUGCUCAGUGUGUUGUGAAAGUUUGGAAGGUCAGACCUUCUUCUCCAAGAAGGAUAAGCCACUUUGUAAGAAACAUGCUCAUUCUGUGAAUUUUUGAAAGUCAACAUUUCAGAAGACAAGAAAGAAAUUUGAAGAGAAAGAGGAGAAUUAAAAUUACCAAUUGAUUUUUAGAUUCAAUACUUAUAUGGAUAUUUGAAAAAUAAUAGUAGGCCUGAAGGGAUAAACUCCAGGUUUAAAAAUGAAAUCUAUGAGGAAAUACUUGGCUUCAUAACAUAAAGAGACAGUAUGACACUUGUUAUUACUUUUUCCCUGUACUUUCUGCCCAUAAAAUAACUUUUAUAAAACCCAAUUUCCUGGUUAACUAUUAAAUUCAUUUUAGAAUAAAUUAGUGAAGAAUUAAAUUUUAGAAUAAAAACUCCAACCUCUGUGCUGAAAUAAUUAUGCUUUCUUUCCUUAAUAGGUAGUUACAAGUAAAUCUAUAAAGGGCAAUGAAAAUGCCUUAUACUUUAUCUGUAAGUGACACAUUGUAUUUUUUAAAAAAUAGUGCUUACCUUUAAAACUUUUUAAAAUAGGAGUUUAAAUGGAGAAUUUCAUCAAUAGUAGCAAGUAUCCAUUUUUUAAAACUGUGUGGAUUUUUUUUUAAUUUCCCAGUUGAUCAUUCCACUGAAGAAAGGACAAUGAGAUUUUUGAUCAAAAUGUGUCAUUCCAAUAAGAGAUGCUGUAUUUUUAUACCCCUCAAAAGCCACCAUAUAUAGAUCACAAAUCUCAACCUUUUGCCUUUUAUUAAAACAUGACCAUUUUUAUUAUUGUGUAUGUUUUAUCGCCUGUGGUAGUCAAGUGCCUUGUUUGCCUCUUCCUUCAUGCUCUGAUAAAGAGCUAAUUGAACAACUUGGACUGUGACAGUUUUCUCUCUUUGAAGAGAAUAAACAGAAGAAAUGUGAUUGGGAAUUAUAGUAAAUUAGAAUAUAGGAUCCAAAAUAUUCUCCUCCCCAAGUCCCCCCUUUUUGACAGUGAAUCAGUUUCACAGUUGUCCUACUGACUGAUGAACGUUUGAGAGCUCUCUGCAGAAUAAUAUUUUUUCUUAAAUGCUCCAUUAGAAAAAUUUAAAACUGGUUUGUGGAUGUGAUAAAAUCUAAAUUGUUUUUUCCUUUUGAUAGUUCUCUUUCAAUAAUAAACGAACCACUUCCAGAUGUGAUUACAAAGUUUGGAAAACUUGCACGCACAGCGGUCUGGUAGUAGAGGAGGGGAGCAUGGUUAAUUACCCAGACUGGCCUGUUGUUUGUGUUCUUCAUCUGGGGGAAACUUACACAGAUGCCGCAUGAAGACAGAAACAACUGAGGUAAAAUUGUAAUAGAUCCUAUUGACAUUUGCCCAAUGAGAAAAGACAUUACAACAUUUGAUGUUUUUCUCAUUGUUUCCAGAAUGGAUGAGAGUUCAUGAUCCCGCUAAGUUAUAGUUUAAGUUUGUUUGGAGGUGCUUUCAAAUUUGAGAUUGAGCCCCAGGUCCUUCCUCCCCCCAUCACUUACUGAUGACCUCACUUCCACUGUGUACAUGUUUGUUAUAGAGAACGAUUUUAGGCUACCAUAUUUGUUUAACCUCCCUAAAAAUCUUUCAAGGCAUGUCCUGAAAGCUGUUAAUUUAUGGUCUAGCAGAUAUAAACUUUAUGCAGAUAAUAAUCAACAGGGGUUAAAGAAUGAGAAGGGUGACACAGGGUGGCAAACCGAAUGCUUCCCCAGUGGCAACCCUAAGCCGCCUUUUCACCCUGCAUCUUGUAGGCAGGUGGGAAAUUGAUUGUUUUGUUUUUUUAAGUGCUGGAACUGAAUUCUGUAUUAUUUCUCAUUGCUGCUGAAACCACCUAUAGAAGACGUACUAGCUAAUAUGCAUUGUCGUAUCUUAAUGUCAGUCUUUCGCUUUACACAGUAUAAAACUAGUUGGUGGUUUUGUUUUGGUGUGGUAGAAUGUGUUGUUAUUUAGUUUUGCCUUUAUAGAUUAUAUGCCAAGAUAGUUUUUGACAAGUCAAUGGCAUUUGGGUAUUUCCUUGAAAGAAUUUUAUUUGACCUGAAUUUUUUAUAAAAUUAUCUUACAUUAAUAUAUCAUUCUAUUAGAUUUUUCCUUCUGCAUAUUAUUCAUAGAGUAUAAUGUUGGCAUUUCUUUAAAUUUUAUCCUUAAGAGAAUAACAUUACUUCCUAAUUUAUCAUUGUCAUUGUGCUUUGUUCUGCUCUUCUCUUUCUAUUGGUUCCUAAAACAGUUAAUCCUAUGAAAUAAAUAUUGAUUAUAACCCAUAAGAAUCUCUGUAUUUUCCAGUGGGUAAUGCCAUAUUUAAUACACCAGCAUCAGCCUUUCAAUAACUCAGGCAGAGCACUUUAUUCUUCUGGUGAGCUCCCUGAAUAUUUAUUUUCUGGAUUAUAAAUGUUCUAUGUCAGUAGCAUUUUUUAAAUUAUUAUGUCUUUACUGUAGAGCUUUUACUUUUAAUCUCUCUAGAUGUAUAUGUUGGAAUUCUGUACUUAGUACAAUACAGUUUAAAAUCAUAGUACGUGACUUUAAAGCAUCCCAUAUUUGGACUUCCAAGUUUCAGGAUGUUAGUAAUAGGUUCAGACUUGAACAUUUCUCUAGACUUACAGGGACAGAAUGUUGCCCACUGAAGUAGCAACCUAAAAACAAUCCCCUGUGCUUACGCUUAUAGUAGCGUAAGCUACUAUACAUGUUUCCUGUUGGUUCAUGUAGAGUCUAAAACUAACAUCUAAUCAUUUGAUCAGUAUUAAAACAAAUAAGGGUUUAAAUCUUCAAAAUAUUAGUGUAACAUUAUGUUUAAAAGUUAUCUACAUCAAAAAUGUAUUUAUGGUACCAUUUUCAAGGAGUACUAUAGUAUGAUCAAUUUUAUAGAAAGGAAUUGCUUCCUCUCCCUGUUCACGUGUGAGUCUAGCAGUGGCGUGUUAACACUCGUUUGGGGUUUGCGGUUUAGUCAUCCCUGUAGGAAGGAGAGGCUUUUCCGACGGGGAGGAGAAACACACUGAGCAGUUCUACACACAUCCAGUGUGGCUUCAGUUCGUCACUCUUCAUCCCCCAAAUAUUUUAAAGUAUUGGGUUUGGAUUCUCAAUGUAUCAUUUGCCUUAUCUAUUUAUCUCUACUUUCUGUUUCUUUACAUUUUUAAGUUUGUAUAAUUAUCUGUGCCAUUUUGCUUUUGGAUGUAUUUUCUAAUUUAAAAACCACGUAAGAAGUAUAAUCAGCAUACUAAUACCUUAAUGAGCACAUGAUAAAUAAAUGGCUGCAAUGACGUA